UCUUAUCUUCCUUCUUAUUCUUCUUCUUCUUCUUCUUCUUCUUCUUCUUCUUCUUCUUCUUUUUCUUCUCCUCCGGCUAUUGCCUCCUCUUUUUCUUCCAUUCAAUGCUGUUGGAUUAACUGUUUAUAUAUGUUUAUAAUUACAUUAUUGAUAUAAUUUUAGGUUGAUAUUUUCAAUCUCCUCCCUUUUAAUUUUUUCUUUCAUUAUUUCUCCCUAUUUGAUUAAAUAUUAAUCUAUGUUAUCUUAUUUGUUUUCCAGGAAACAUUAGGAGAUAAUCAAUGGGGAAAUGGUGUUUUGCAAAUCUUCAUCUAUUGAGGGUUGAUUAUCAACGUGAUUCUCGUCAAUAACUAGGAAAACAGAAAUCAAAAAUCGCGCCUGAAAAAAUUGGCGCCUAAAAUUUUGGAGAUGAUUUCAACCUGCAGCAAAGAUCUUCGUAGUCAGAUGUGGUUCUUGUCGGGCUCGAGGCUCCUCUAUUGUGCAGACGUUAUCCUUGUCGGUAAUUUACCGACGUGGGAACCAGAGAUGUUUUCCGGUUAACUGUUCCGGCUCCCUAUUUGCAAGAUGUUUUUUGUCGGUAAUUAUGAGUGCAUUUACCGACAUGAUUUUCAUCUACGUCGGUGAUUGAAUUACUG